AUGGGGAUGGGAGUGAUUGUGGCUUUAAGUCGAAUCAGUGAUCUGGAAGCUGUGGGUAACAUGGCGGCAGUUACAGAGAUAGAGACUGUCGUCUGGCACUACCAAGCAACCGUAACUCCACUGCAAAUGCACGCACAAAGACCAGAACUACCAGCGUAUAUCACUCUACUCAACAGCUCGAACUACCAUCAUUUAUCACCACCGGACAUCAUAUGCUAUAACAAUACACUGCUCACCCAUAUGCAAAACCUCAAACUGCUAACAUAUAUCACAGCUGCUUCAUCCCAACACGACAUAGCGGAGGUCCCCGAUCACUGGCGAAAUUUCCCAGUCAUGUCACUCACUUUCCAAUCAUCUCUAUGCAAUCAGGCCACAAGCAAUCUCCACCACACUGGGAGGCGAACGGGAAUCAUGUAUUGUACAAGGACCAUAAUCAUGAUCCGUGUGUUGUUGGGAGAGACGAACACCACCACGCCCAAAGCAGCACCAGCAACACCACGCCCAAAGCAACACCAGCAACACCACGCUCAAAGCAGCACCAGCAACACCACGCUCAAAGCAGCACCAGCAACACCACGCCCAAAGCAGCACCAGCAACACCACGCCCAAAGCAACACCAGCAACACCACACCCAAAGCAACACCAGCAACACCACGCCCAAAGCAACACCACAACACCACGCCCAAAGCAACACCAGUAACACCACACCCAAAGCAACACCAGCAACACCACGCCCAAAGCAACACCAGUAACACCACACCCAAAGCAACACCACACCCAAAGCAACACCAGCAACACCACGCCCAAAGCAACACCAGUAACACCACACCCAAAGCAACACCACACCCAAAGCAACACCAGCAACACCACGCCCAAAGCAACACCAGUAACACCACACCCAAAGCAACACCAGUAACACCACACCCAAAGCAACACCACACCCAAAGCAACACAGCACCCAACGCAACCCCACACCCAACGCAACACCACACCCAAAGCAACACCACACCCAACGCAACCCCAAACCCAACGCAACCCCACACCCAAAGCAACACCACACCCAACGCAACCCCACACCCAAAGCAACCCCACAUCCAACGCAACCCCACACCCAAAGCAACACCACACCCAACGCAACCCCACACCCAACGCAACCCCAAACCCAACGCAACCCCACACCCAAAGCAACACCACACUAAUCCCAGGCUCGAACACACUCCCUUCGCCAACGAGGACGAGAUUUUGACGUAG